AAAACCAAGGCAACCCAAAACACUUUUCCUUCUUGUUUUUUUUACUAUUUUUCUCCACUUUCUGGAGAUUGUCAUCAUUGAUGUUUAUUGUUUCUUUUUCCUACUCCUACUCCUUGGGUUUAUGCAUGAAAGGAGUCGAACCCCACUUUCCAACUUAGAAUUAUCGUUGGGGUAUUUCUGGAAUUGGAACAUGCAUCAUUUUGUUGCGAGAUGCUUGUUUCUUUUUCUUGGGACAUUGAUUUCUUUUGUCCAUUCAAAGACAGAUUCGCCAGAUGUUUCUGCCCUCAAUGUGAUGUUUAAAAGCCUGAAUAGUCCUUCCCAAUUGCAUGGUUGGAAAAGCAGUGGUGGUGACCCUUGUGGUGAUUCCUGGGAAGGGAUCAAAUGUUCGGGCUCAUCGGUGACCGAAAUAGACUUGAGCGAUCAUAACUUAAAAGGACAAUUGGGGUACCAGUUAUCGAGCUUGUCUUCAGUAAAGAUCUUUGAUGUAAGCAAGAACAACCUCAAUGGUGAUAUCCCGUAUCAAUUACCUCCCAAUGCUGAACGCAUAGACCUUUCUGAAAACAAAUUUAAUGGUAAUGUGCCUUACUCGAUAUCUCAGAUGAUCAACCUUCAAGAAAUAAAUCUUAGCCAUAAUCAACUCAAUGGACAGUUGAGCGAUAUGUUUGCAAAAGUUAAAAAACUUAAAUCAUUUGAUGUAUCCAACAAUCAACUGUCUGACAAUCUGCCAAAUUCUCUUGCAAAUCUUACUAAUUUGAACACUUUGCAUCUGCAGAACAACAAAUUCACUGGUACAGUAAAUGUCCUUACCGACCUUCCCCUCAAUGAUCUGAAUGUUGAAAAUAACAAAUUUACCGGAUGGAUUCCUAAUGAGUUGAAGGAGAUUGACCAACUAGAAACUGGAGGAAAUUCUUGGUCAACUGGAUCAGCUCCCCCUCCACCGCCUGGUGUACGACACCGCCGUCAUACCAAUCACGAAGAGAAGAAAAAUGAAGCUUCAGAGAAAGCUCUUCGAAAUGGAUUGAUCAUAGGUUUUUCAUGUUUAGGUGGAGCCUCUCUUCUCCUCGUUCUUGUUUGUGUAUUUACAAGGAGAAGAUCACCUCCCCCAUCCUCAUAUUUCCUUGAUGAAGAUAUGAUCAGUCGGCGUAAAGGUUUUACUCCCCUUCAUUCACAAGAGUUGGGCACUGAAACAUAUGUUGGCAUUUUGAAAGAACCCAAAGAUUUUAUGUCAAUGGAUCCAGGCAAUGGAGAUAUGAAGUCUUUGCUAAAAUCUCCAUCGAUGGGCCUUAGGCGUUCGGUCUCAGGUCGUGUGUCCUUCAGUGAAAAUGAGUUUGCAAACCGUCUAAAAGGAAGAAGAAGCACUUCUGUUCAAGUUGUACCUUAUUCUUUGGGAGAUUUGCAGAAAAGAACUGAUAAUUUCGCACCAGGUCGCCUUCUGGGCCAGGGCACCAUUGGACGAGUUUAUAGGGCAAAAUAUCCAGACGGAAAGGUUUUAGCAGUGAAAAAGAUAGAUUCCUCUCUUUUUCAAGGCCAAAAGCCAGACGAAUUCUCGAAACUUGUUACGAAUAUCUCAAAGCUUCACCAUCCUAACAUUGCUGAACUCGUUGGCUAUUGUUCAGAACAAGGGCAUAACAUGCUAAUAUAUGAAUAUUUCAGGAAUGGCUCACUUCAUGAGUUCCUACAUAUAGCAGAUGAUUUCAGCAAACCCCUAACUUGGAAUACAAGAGUCAGAAUUGCUUUAGGUGUCGCCAGGGCUGUUGAGUAUCUCCAUGACGUUUGUUCUCCACCUAUGGUUCAUAAGAACAUUAAGUCAUCCAAUAUUUUGCUUGAUCUUGAACUCAAUCCUCGACUAUCCGACUACGGCAUGGCAUGCUUUCAUCAGCGUACAAGCCAGAACCUGGGUAUGGGAUACAAUGCUCCAGAAUGUAUAAAGCCAUCAGCAUAUACAUUAAAGAGCGAUGUGUACAGUUUUGGGGUCGUAAUGUUGGAGCUACUGACCGGUCGGAUGCCGGUGGAUAAUCAAAAACCAAGAUCAGAGCAGUGCUUAGUGAAAUGGGCCAGACCUCAGCUUCAUGACGCUGAUGCAUUGGUAGGAAUGGCUGAUCCUGCCUUGAGGGGACUCUAUCCUCCCAAAUCACUCCCUCCCUUUGCUGAUAUUGUUUCCCUCUGUGUACAGACGGAUCCCGAACGUAGAGCUCCGAUAUCGGAGGUGGUGCAAGCAUUGGUCCGAUUAGUUCAACAAUCAACCAUAAACAUGAAGGAAGAUCUUUCAUCUUCUUGCAGGACAACUGACACCGACUAUGAAUUUGUUUGA